AUGAUAGCUUCAAAUUCUUCAAGGUUAUAAAUAAUUAUAUAAUUUAGGCUAAUAAGUCCCCGUUAAAACUUUUAGUUAAAAUACACAAAGAGUAUUUCUAAAGAAACAAAAUAUCGUCUAAGAACUGCUAGAUAUAAUUAAUUAGAAAGAUUUACUUUAUAAAAACAUCAUCCAGAUGAAAUUAAAAAAUGUAACACUAGUUGUCAUUGUGAUUAUUGUGGAAAAAUGAGUGCGUUUUAAAUCAAGGUUUGGAGAUAAAUACCUUAAUAUGAAUCUGUGUAAAAUCAAAAAUUCAAUUGAUUGAUUAUAGUUUUUCUAGACGAAAAAGAGUUUUCAAACGUUUUAGAAUAGCAGGCUAUGCUGCAUAGUUCUUAGUUUUCUAUAAGGCUGAAUAGAUAAAAAAAUAAAAAAGAUAAAGACAAAUGCAAUAAUUUCUUAAAAAUCCUUUGAUUUCUACUAAAAGGGGAACAAUGGUAAUUUAAUCAGCUAAAUAAAACAGAUCUCCAAAAUCUCCUACACCUUCAGAAAAUUAAAUAAGGUUAUAAUUAAUAUUUAUUUGGUAGAAGAAAUGCAACAGAUUAUUUUGAAAUUGAUUCUAUCAAAGAAAAAAUGUCAUUCAAUGAUCAUUGUAGUACUUUAAUAGUUUGUUAAAAUCAAAGUAUAAAAAAGAGAUAGGUCUCUUUGUAUAUGGAAGAGAUGUUAAAAAAUAUUACAACAAAAUAGAGUAUUGGUAUGAGUCUUACUCCUCUCUCAAUAAUUGUACAAAGUUUUAAUAUGUAUUUCAUAGGAUAAAAAAUUAAAGAAGAAUAAAUCAAUACCUUGUAUUACAGAAUAAAUCUCUCCAAAAAAUAGUCUUGACAAUCUAUAACUUGAAAAAUUAUUGACUCCUUUGAAUCUUCUACAAAGGAGUAAAAGAAAUCAAUCUAAUAUACAUAUUUUUCAUAAUGAAUAUUCAAACAACAACAAAGAAGUUAUAAAAAUGAUUGAUAAUCUUAAGAUAAAACAUAGAAAAUUAAAAAGAAAAAAUUGA